CCAUCCAUCCAUCCAUCCAUCCAUUAAUCCCAAUCAACUUCUGCAAGACCCUACCUAUUAAUUGGUCAUUUAUUUCCAAGGUUAUUAGUCAAUCAAAUAAGUCAGCCUAUUCUAGUUUACUAUAUAUGCAACUCACUUUCACCAAUUAACUCCUCCUUGGCCCUCUCUCUAUCUUACAAGGUUACAUACCCAUUCUACCUAUCUUCAUUCUCUCUUUACUUUUGCCGUAUUCAUUCACCACCCCAACAAUUAAGAUGAAGGGAAAACGCCCCGUUGGUAGACCUCGCAAGAAUGCGGCGGUAAAAGAAGCUGAAACUCCUACAGUUCGAGUUGAGGUCGCCGAUGACCAGCAAGUUGGUCAUUUAAAUGUGAGACCACACGGCCGCGGUCAUGCUCGGAAUGAGUUGGAAGAACGAAUUAACGAUCUCGGUGAUUCCUGGGAAACUGAGUCGCUCUUUGAGGAUGUUAUCGAAGAUAUCGCUGAAGAUAGAUUCUUCAACGAAGUCGAUGCCGUCACACCUGAGGAUGCUGUGCGUUAUCGCCAACAAUUACGAGCUAUUGGACCUAAAGAAUUUUGUAGGGCCACAGUAGACUCUGGUAUCAUCACGGCCAAGAAGCUUCUUACAGCAUUUGGCAUACGACCUCCACCCUUCUUGGAAGGUCUUCCAGACCACGCCUACUAUGGCUUGCUCACCUUAGCUAUGACUCGUGAGCUAGCGAAGCGCGCCAAGCUCGUCAAUUACAACACAAUUGAUGACGCUGUCGCUUUGCUGAAGAAGUCAAAGAAUAUUGUUGUGCUUACUGGAGCUGGCAUAUCGACUUCACUUGGUAUACCUGAUUUCCGCUCCAAAGAAACUGGCUUAUACUCACAACUGGAGAAGCUUGGCCUGGGAAUCAACGACCCACAAGAAGUCUUUAACAUCGACGUCUUUCGGCAGGACCCAAACAUCUUCUACUCAGUUGCCAAGGACAUCCUUCCAGACACCAAAGGAUUGUUCUCCCCAACUCACGCCUUUAUCGCCAAGCUUCAGAACAUGGGCAAGCUUUUGACCAAUUACUCUCAGAAUAUCGACAACAUUGAAGCAAAUGCUGGUAUUCAACCAGAGAAGCUUGUCCAAUGCCACGGUUCCUUUGCCACGGCCAGUUGCCAGAAGUGUGGCUACAAGGUCCAAGGCGACGCCAUCUUUGCCGACAUCAAGGCCGGUAGGAUACCGCGGUGUGUUACCUGCAUCGCCAGCUUGCGAAAUAAUGGAUCGAUGAAGCGCAAGCGAUCCUAUAACAAGUCGACUGGCAGAAAAACCCGGCGUAGGAGCGCAAACGACGACGACGACGACGAUGAUCAGUAUGAUAUCCCUGCCGCUGGUAUUAUGAAACCAGACAUUACUUUCUUCGGCGAGGAGCUUCCCGACGAGUUCAGUCAACGGUUAGUUAAGCACGACCGUGAUCUUGUCGAUCUGGUUAUUGUCAUCGGCACCUCGCUCAAGGUGGCGCCAGUAUCUGAGGUGGUGCCUUACCUACCAGCGCACAUCCCUCAGAUCUACAUAUCACGAACACCAGUCACCCAUGUCAACUUCGAUAUCGACCUUCUUGGUGACUGUGAUGUUGUAGUGGCCGAGUUAUGCCGUCGGGCUGGAUGGGAUCUCAAGCACAGCAUGGUGCCGCCUGACCAGGUAGUCGAUAUCAAGCUAGAAGAGGGCUACACGAGUCGCCACAUUUUCACUGCGACUACUACAGACUCGUCGGCUAGCCCAGAACUUUGAGAGGCGUAUUUGUCAUGAAAUCCCAUAGAAAAGAGAUGGCUUACCCGACAACCUCUCUAUGUAUCACCUAUCCCCCACGGCGUUUUUUCGGCGGUAUUCCCUUUCCAUAGCAAGGAGUUAAGGGCCUAAUUUGGUAUGGAGGUUUGAAUUUGAUGGGUGUGUUUUAAUAAUGAAAUAAGCAAAACUUAAUGAAUUCGUUCUCGUUGAACUUAUUACACCACUAACCUACCUAUUUCCCACAACUUUCACCAACUCUUUGGGGUUAUUAGUUGAAUUAUUUAGAUAAUUAGAAGGGGAUAGGAUGAAGUUUAACACAACGGAAUUAUGUUAAGGGAAUGUGGUCUAUCUACCUACGUGCCUACCUCCCACUUAUGUAAACUAGAUGCUGAAGAAAAGAGAGGCCUAGAAUAAGCAAAACCUCAAUGAGAUGACCAUUCAUUCUG